UUGACUCAGAGCCGAUCAAGCUAUAACAACGGCAGCUGCUUCCUCCUUACCCUAAGAUAUCAUCGCCAGGAAAUUUCCGCCUCCGCUGGACCCUCUCGGAAGUCGGGCAUUAUGUGAUCGAAUUGCCCGCGGAAUUUGCCAGGAUCUGCUUUCAUUUGCGGAAACACUGUGGAACAGUGAUCAUGUCUGCUCCAAUUCCGAACGAUUUCCUAACAGACGACGUUAAGACAUGCUGGAAACCCUUUUAUACGUCCCAGAUCCAUUGUCCAGAAUAUCUCAUCCUCCUAAGUCCUCGCCAUGUCGUCCAGUCAAGUCCGCAUUGCCAUUGAUCGUGGUGGAACCUUUACCGAUGUGCACUGUUCGCAGGCCGGGAAGCCCGAUAUUGUGUUGAAGCUUCUCUCCGUCGACCCCAGCAACUAUCCUGAUGCCCCUACGGAAGGUAUCCGGAGAGUUCUCGAGUUGUCGUCUGGACAGAGUAUCCCAAAGGGUACUAAGCUGAAGCUGGAUCAGGUUGAAAGCAUCCGUAUGGGUACCACUGUGGCUACAAACGCGCUCCUCGAACGCAAAGGCGCGCGUUGCGCGCUAGUAACCACUGAAGGUUACCGCGAUGUGUUGCGCAUUGGACAACAAGCUCGGCCCAAUAUAUUCGACCUCUCGAUUAGGAAGCUAUCGUCCUUGUAUGAGAAAGUAGUUGAAAUUGGAGAGCGAGUUACCAUUGCGACCUCCACCGAGGAUCCAGAAUCUUCAGCCUUAGACUUUGAAGGAACGUCUGAUGCAUCAAUUGUUCGCGGACUUACGGGCGACUUUAUUCGCGUCCUGAAAAAGCCUGACCCGCAGUCCGUCCGAGCUCAGCUCCAGUCCCUACACGACGAAGGUUUCCAGUCUAUUGCGAUUGCCUUUGUUCACUCGUAUACCUACCCAGCGCACGAGACGAUGGUUGCAGACAUGGCUAGAGAAUUUGGAUUUUCGGUGUCGGUUUCCUCAGAGCUUCAACCCAUGAUCAAAAUUGUGUCUCGCGCCAACUCUGCCAUUGCUGAUGCGUAUCUGUCCCCGGUGACUCGAGCAUAUAUCGAAACCUUUGCUGGUGGAUUUGAUGGAGGUCUUGAUGCACUGGGUAACAAGUUACUGUUCAUGCAAAGCGAUGGCGGUCUAUGCAAUUGGAAGAACUUUUCUGGUCUUCGAGCGGUUUUGUCAGGUCCUGCGGGUGGGGUCAUUGGAUAUUCUAAAACUUGUUAUGAUACCAAUGACGGUACUCCGCUGGUAUCUGUUGAUAUGGGUGGUACUUCUACGGAUGUCUCGCGUUACAGUGGCCAUCUCGAGCAUGUUUUUGAGACCACUACAGCACAGGUUAUCAUUCAAGCCCCCCAACUUGACAUCAACACUGUCGCAGCUGGUGGGGGCUCCCGCUUAUUCUGGGAGAACGGGAUGUUUGUUGUAGGCCCCGAGAGUGCCGGAGCGCAUCCUGGUCCAGCCUGCUAUAGAAAGGGUGGUCCUCUUGCGGUGACCGACGCCAAUCUCCUUCUCGGUAGACUUUUGCCGGAACAUUUCCCAAAAAUCUUUGGGCCGAAUGAAGACGAACCUCUAGACAUGAACGCCACUCGCAAACUAUUUGAGGAGCUCACCGAGAGAAUGAGCGCGGAUAAGAACAUCAAGAUGACUUUCGAGGAAGUCGCCUCGGGAUUCCUUCGCGUCGCUAAUGAGGCUAUGAGUCGGCCAAUUCGGACUCUAACUGAAGCUCGUGGUUACGAGAGCGCUAAUCAUAACCUCGUAAUCUUUGGCGGUGCCGGUGGGCAACAUGGUACCGCCAUCGCUACUCUCCUUGGAAUCUCUCGUAUUCUCGUCGCUCGGUUCUCUUCUAUCUUGUCCGCCUACGGGAUGGCCCUUGCAGAUGUCGUCGUCGAGGAACAAGAGCCUUCGUCUUCUAUUCUUGACUCCAGGUCUGGAGCCGACAACACAGCUGUCUAUGCUUCGCUUCGUACGCGUGCUGAAACACUUAUUCAGCGUGCUCGAGACUCGCUCGCCUCCCAAGGAUUCGCACAAAGCCAAGUCACCACGGAAGUCUCGUACAAUUGUCGAUUCCAAGGUACAAGUACUGCUUUGAUGGUCCGAGAACCUGAGGAUGGGGACUUUGUUGGAAACUUCGUCAAGCAACAUGAUCAAUUGUUUGGAUUCACCCUUCAGGAUAGGGUUAUCUAUGUCGAUGAUGUAAGGGUAAGGGCUGUAGCGAAGAGCACUGGUACAGAGCAGCAGAGUCCUUACGAGGAAUUGGAGCACUGUACGUUGAAAGAAGCGACGGUAGUGCUCGGCAACUGCAAGAGAAAGAAGGUUUACUUUGAUGGACUAGGGUGGACAGAUACGGCUGUGGUUCCACUUGAAGAUUUAUCGCCUGGAGAUCAGAUUCCAGCACCCGCAAUCAUCUUUGACAACACUCAAACUAUUUUGAUCGAACCUGGUUACAUCGCUACGGCGACCUCGAAACAUAUUAUAAUUGACAAGAUCGGACCGUCGCUGGCUAAGCCUGUACUUGACUAUAAUCACGUCGACCCCAUUCAACUGUCUGUAUUUGGCCAUCGCUUCAUGGGUAUCGCAGAACAGAUGGGUACUAUCCUCCGGCAAACUUCCAUCUCGACUAACAUCAAAGAACGUCUUGACUAUUCAUGCGCCCUCUUCUCGCCAGAAGGGCUUCUUGUUGCCAAUGCACCCCACAUCCCAUGUCAUCUCGGUGCUAUGAGUUCGGCUGUACGCUUCCAAGCAGAGCUUCAUAAAGGUCAACUACAAGAAGGCGAUGUACUUGUUUCGAACCAUCCUGAUGCUGGAGGGUCCCAUCUGCCCGAUAUCACGGUUAUUACUCCCGCAUUCCAUAAUGGGAACGUUGUCUUCUGGACAGCUUCUCGAGCUCAUCAUGCUGACAUUGGCGGUAUCCGCGCUGGUUCAAUGCCACCAUUCUCAAAAACGAUCGAACAAGAGGGAGCACAAAUUCUCAGUUUCAAAUUGGUCAAGCAGGGAAGGUUUGACGAAGAGGGUGUCGUCGAUCUCAUGUACAACCAGCCUUCAAAGUAUCCUGGAUGCUCUGGUACACGAACUCUGAGUGACAACAUUUCCGACCUCAAAGCACAAGUCUCUGCUAACUACCGAGGUGCCACGUUAAUCCGUGCCCUUAUCGAGGAGUUCUCAUUGGAAGUCGUUCAGUUCUAUAUGACUGCCAUCCAAAACACCGCGGAGGCCGCCGUGCGAGAAUUACUGCGUUUCGUCGACAAGAAGUUUGGUGGAAAGCCUCUUGAGGCUGUUGACUAUAUGGACGACGGAGAAGAGCUCCGGCUCAAGAUCAAUAUCGAUCCAAAGCGUGGCGAAGCGAUAUUUGACUUCACCGGUACAAGCCCACAGUCCUACUCGAAUCUCAACGCGCCAACUGCCAUUGGCUACAGUGCAAUUAUCUAUGUUCUUCGUUCACUGAUACCGACGGCUAUUCCGCUCAACCAUGGUUGUCUUGCACCUAUCAAAGUUAUUAUUCCUCCUCGUACUAUUCUUUCCCCUGGUCCCGGUGCAGCGACUGUGGCUGGUAACGUCGAGACGUCUCAGCGAAUUACCGAUGUCGUGCUAAAGGCAUUCGAAGCCUGUGGAGCGUCCCAGGGCACUUGUAACAACCUUACCUUCGGCUACGGAGGAAACAGCGGUUCUUCUGUGACCAAAGGUUUUGGUUAUUACGAGACCAUUGCUGGUGGUUCUGGAGGUGGUUCGAAUUGGGAUGGUCAAAGCGGAAUUCACGUCCAUAUGACAGACACAUGUAUCGGAGACGCAGAACAGAUAGAACGCAAAUACCCUGUCAUCGUUCGUGAAUUUAGCAUACGUACUGGGUCUGGAGGUGCUGGUCGACAUCCUGGUGGUGACGGUUGCGUUCGAGAGAUUGAAUUCACACGAGACCUGGAUGUAGCAAUUCUCUCUGAACGACGUGCCAUACCUCCUUAUGGGAUGCGCGGGGGAUCGCCGGGAGAACGAGGACGGAAUUUCUGGCUUAGGAAAGAAGCUGACGGCAGUGUUACUACCAUCGCCCUCGGUGGUAAAAAUGAGUGUCCAAUGAAGGCAGGGGACAGGAUUCGGAUAGAAACUCCUGGCGGUGGUGGAUACGGAGUUCCUGGAUCUGCUGAAGAAGAUGCUAGUCAGGUGUAUGGUGCAUUCACGAUGGAUGUCCCUGCUCAUGCAAAUGGAAGUUUAGCACAGAUGCAAGAGACUGCGAACAGUAAUUGAAUAUCAAUACCGUCGAGUAGAUUUUAAUAAAAAGUGUCUGGACUUUCUUUGAAAUCCGCG